UUACCUUGUUUUGUGUAUAGUAACGUUCAUAUCCUUUACUGAUUUUUCUACUAAAGUCUCCUUUUACUCUUAAACAGAAGUGCCCUUAAAAAUCAAAUAGGGAACUUGCGUAUCAACAUUUUAAAUGCAUAUGUCCUUUGGCUGAUCAGUUCUAAUAUGUGGCAUUUAUCCUAGAAAUACAUUCUUAAAAGAAUAUAAAGGUAUUGAAUGAUGUUCCCUCUAGCAUGGCUUUUAAAGAAAAAAUAUAACUUAAGUAUGCAUCAAUAGGAUAGUUAAGUAAAUUAUGGAGCACCCAUACAAUAUUACUUAGCUGUUAAAGAAUAAGCUGAUCUGUGAAGAUCUCCAAGCUCUCUUAACCGAAAAGAGUUAAGGUGCAAAAUUACAUUAUCAUUAUAAUACCAUAAGUGUUUUAAAAUGUAUAAAUGCUUAUUCACUAAACAAAAUGUUUAUUAAGUGCUACUGUGUGACAGGUAGUGUCCUAGAUAAAUAUGCACAAAAUACAAUGGUUAACUCUAAAGAGUGGGACACUUUUCGUUUUAUGGUCCUUCUGCAACUUGACUUUUUUAUUGUACAUAUAUUAUGUAUACUUAAAGAAAAUAAUUUGUACAGCUUACUAUAAUGGUCUUUUAAUUGAUGUUUCACCUCCUAACCAGUGAUGACCCCGAAGACAUUUACCACUCUGUUGGUUUUUAAUUGAAAUGAUGUACAUAAAUGCGGGGCGUGCUUGCACCGUCCGGAUGGGCCUGGGGUCCGGCAGCGGAGAGCGACCUGGGCGGGGCGGGAGGUGGCAGCGGGGGUCCUCCCGGAUCACCAGAGAGACGAGCAGCCGUGCUCCUAGAGAGGCAAGGAACCCGCCAGACUCCGCCACUCGGCUGCGGGCGCGGCGAGGGGAGAAGCUUUUGUGCCGGCCAAGCUGCCAGAGGCGCCGGCGACACCCAUCAGCCCCGCCAGCCCGCCAGUAGCAUGGCCUGGGCUCUGAGGAAACCGGCGCUCCCGACUGGGCAGCCCCGGGCCUCUGCGCUCCCUCGGGAGCCUUUCACGAGGUCGGCUACGUCUUUGUUGUGCGCGUUCCUGAACUUUUGGUCCAUUAACCAACAAUUAGACACGCAGGUAUUCAGUGCCUGGCGCGGUGCUAGAUGCUGGGUGUAAUCUCAGAAAAAUACAUUCUGGGGUGCGCCUGAGGGUGUUGGCUGUGGCAUCUCAGGUGCUUUACGUGCCUUCGUGAAGAAGUCCAUCAGUAUUUGUUGAAUACCAGGUACGUGCCGGGCUUAUAGAGUCUAUGCAGAGAUAAACUCCUGUCCUCAAGAACCCGGGUGGGGGGGAUGGGCUGGGUGAUCUGUAAUACGAGAUGGGGAGAUGAAGGUUGGGUGCAGUUUUCCGUGGGAACACCCAUCUCUACCUGUGUGGCUUACUUUUCCUGUCUAUAUGUUAGGGUUGGGGUGGCCAGGGAAGGUUUCACAUAGAACAUUUGCGCUGGGCCUUGGGAAUUUACCUUUAGAAGGGGGGUCCUGACUGUAUAGAGUGGGUGGAAAAAAAAUUGAGUACUUAGCAUGGCAGUGAGAUAAGGAAUUUGGGAAGACCAUGGCUUUCUUGAAAGUAGGAACUAAGUCUUUUGUUCCAGAGUUAGCUUUAUGCCUGGAAAAUAAUGAGAUGCUCCCCAAAUGUUUAUUGAGUGACAAAUCAGCAAAAUCCAGUAAAGAUUAGAUCCUGGGGAGUUUGAAUUUACUUCAACGAGUUUAAUGAAAACUUUGUAUGUGUUUAUGUGUGUGUGAGUGAAUAUAGUCAGAAUUGAAUAUAGUCAGAAUUGUGCUUUAGGGAAUAUUAAUCCAGUGACCAUAGAAGCAGGGAAUUGGUCAGGAAUACCGUAACAUUAUUGUGACAGUGAAUGAAAAUGAUAGUAAAAUAAUAAGGAAAGAAUGGCUGCAAGAGGCGUUUUUAAGAAUUGACUUGAUUCACUGAUUGUAUAUAGAGGCUGUUUAAAAGACUGAAUGCAUGGAAGAUGAUGGUGAUGCCAGUAGAAAUGGAGAAAUACAGAGUGAAUGCAGCUUUGAGGGACUCUGAUCUUAGUUUGAGAUCUGUUGAAAUUCUAGUGCAGGAGAAGCCCACAGCUGCUGGCAUUUCAAGAUGUGGGUUUGGAGUGCAAAAAGCAAGCUGGAGCCAAAGAUUUGAGUCUUCUUGGGAACAGAGAUAUAUUGAAAGUGUGACUAAGGAGAUCACAAAGGAAAAAACGAAGAGAGGGAAGAAAAGAACUUGAUGCAUUUCUACUGUUUCAUUUAUGUGUUGUUGCAUCAAAAAUCAAACUCUAAACUUAGUGACUGAAAACAAGCUCAGUUUAUUGUUCCUCAGGAUUCUGCAGGUUGACUAGGUAGUUCUACUGGUCUCACCUGGAGUUACUAAUAGAGCUGCAUUCAGCUGGUGAAUUAUUUGAGCACUAGGCCCGGCUGGGCUUUAGCUUGGUCAUUUUGGUUCUCAUCCACAUGACCUCUGUCUAGCUAGCUUGGGCCUCUCACAGCAUGGCAGUCUUAUGGCAGUGAGCCAAGAGCUACAGCAGCACUCUCUCUCUGACAAUGUCAUUUCUGCCGUAUUCCAUUGGUCAAAGCAAGUCAUAGGCCAGAACAGAUUCAAGGGAAGGAAAAGUAGACUCCACCCCUUGAUGAGAACAGUGGCAAAAUCUCAUCACAAAAGGUAUUUGAGGAUGGGAGACUUUGGAAACAGUCUAUUACACCUACAUUUAAAGUGGAAUAUUCAGUGAGAGUUACACAGAUAUAGAUGACCUUUGAGACUGUAUUAUUUGCCCAUGAAGGCAGCCAUCUGCCUCCUCAAUGGGUAAAAUGAUCCCUUCUCCCCAGCUAAAGUGCAAGCUACUCGAGCGUUCUUAUUGCUGACGCUUCUUCCCUCAUAUCCUACAUCCCUUACCUCUGGACUCAGACUCUUUAGUACUAGUUCAAAAUAUACUUCUGAUUCAUUUCACUGAUAAUUAGAAGCAAGCAGGCUCAGCUUUUGAGCAUUACCUACAGUGGGACAAAAAUAUAAGUAGAUUACACACAGUUUUGAACCUCUUAGAAUUUGUGUGUUGCUGAUCAAUUCUUAUGCCUCAGAUCUCUAUUUCUGAACACAGACCCCAAGCUAAGUGAAGCUUUAGCCUCUAAACUCAACAUGUAUGAAGCUUUGCCAGGCCCUGUUCCUGAAAAUGAAGAUGGCCUUGUGAAAGUGAAGGAGGAAGAUCCCACCUGGGAGCAGGUGUGCAACUCACAAGAGGGCAGCUCCCACACUCAGGAGAUUUGCCGCCUGCGCUUUCGGCAGUUCUGCUACCAGGAAGCUCAUGGACCCCGGGAAGCUCUGACCCAACUCCGAGAACUUUGUCAUCAAUGGCUGAGACCUGAGAUGCACACCAAGGAACAGAUAAUGGAACUGCUGGUGCUGGAGCAGUUCCUGACCAUCCUGCCCAAGGAGCUCCAGCCCUGUGUGAAGACAUAUUCUCUGGAGAGUGGAGAGGAGGCAGUGACAGUGCUGGAGAAUCUAGAGACAGGAAGUGGAGACACAGGACAACAGGCCUCUGUCUGUAUUCAGGGACAGGACAUGUGCCCAAUGGUGACAGAAUAUCAAGGAGUCUCUUUGGAGUGUCCGAGCCUCCAGCUCCUGCCUGGGGUAACCACCCUGAAGUGUGAACCUUCACAGCUUCCUCAAGAGAACCCCCAAGAAGUGAGUGGGCCUGUUCCCCACGGAUCAGCUCAUCUCCAGGAAAAAAGCCCCAGAGACAAGGCUGCAGUGCCUGUGUUUAACCCAGUCAGGUCCCAGACAUUGGUGAAGACUGAGGAAGAAACAGCCCAGGCCCUUGCUACAGAGAAGUGGCCACAUCUGAGUCUGGCUCAGAGGAACCUCUGUGGGAACUCAGCUCAGAAGACAGUUACAAGCCUCAGUCUGAUGACUGAAGAAAUUGUAACUAAAGAUACAUUGUUUAAUGCAAAGCAAGAAACUUCUGAAGAAACGGAACAAAGUGGAGAAGCCUCAGGAAAGCCCAACAGAGAGUGUGCACCCCAGGUUCUUUGUAGUACUCCUAUCCCUACUGAAAGGACAGUUACACAUUUGAACACUCUGAAGGACCGUCACCCAGGUGAUUUGUGGGCCCGGAUGCACAUCUCAUCCUUGGAAUAUGCUGCAGGAGACAUUACCCGAAAAGGGAGAAGAAAAGACAAAGCUCGAGUGAGUGAACUGCUCCAAGGUCUCUCAUUCUCUGGUGACUCAGAUGUGGAAAAAGAUAAUGAGCCUGAGAUCCAGCCUGCUCAAAAGAAGUUAAAGGUGUCUUGUUUCCCAGAAAAGAGUUGGACCAAAAGAGACAUUAAACCCAACUUUCCAAGCUGGUCAGCACUGGAUUCUGGACUUUUGAAUCUCAAGAGUGAAAAGUUGAACCCAGUAGAGCUUUUUGAAUUAUUUUUUGAUGAUGAAACAUUCAACUUAAUUGUCAAUGAAACCAAUACUUAUGCUUCUCAGAAAAAUGUCAGCUUGGAAGUCACAGUUCAGGAAAUGAGGUGUGUGUUUGGUGUCCUACUUUUGAGUGGAUUUAUGAGGCAUCCUAGAAGGGGAAUGUAUUGGGAAAUCUCUGACACCCAUCAGAACCUGGUUAGAGAUGCAAUCAGAAGGGACAGAUUUGAAUUGAUAUUCUCAAACCUGCACUUUGCAGAUAAUGGCCACCUAGAUCAAAAAGAUAAGUUUACAAAGUUGAGACCUCUCAUAAAACAAAUGAAUAAAAAUUUCCUCUUGUAUGCUCCCCUGGAAGAAUACUAUUGCUUUGAUAAGUCAAUGUGUGAAUGUUUUGAUAGUGAACAAUUCCUGAAUGGAAAGCCUGUUAGAAUUGGAUAUAAAAUUUGGUGUGGUACAACCACACAGGGUUAUCUGGUUUGGUUUGAGCCCUAUCAAGAAGAAUCAACUAUGAAGGUAGAUGAGGAUCCUGACCUUGGGUUAGGUGGAAAUCUAGUAAUGAACUUCGCUGAUGUUCUUUUAGAGAGAGGUCAGUAUCCCUAUCACCUGUGUUUUGAUAGCUUCUUUACAAGUAUCAAAUUGUUGUCAGCCUUGAAGAAGAAGGGGGUGAGGGCAACAGGAACAAUUCGUGAGAACAGGACCGAAAAAUGUCCCCUUAUGAAUGUAGAACAUAUGAAAAAAAUGAAGAGAGGGUAUUUUGAUUUCCAAGUAGAAGAAAACAAUGAGAUAAUUUUGUGUCGUUGGUAUGGGGAUGGCAUUAUCAGUCUGUGCUCCAAUGCUGUGGGCAUAGAACCAGUCAAUGAGAUAAGUUGUUGUGAUGCUGAUGAUGAAGAAAUCCCUCAGAUAAGUCAACCAUCCAUAGUAAAAGUGUAUCAUGAAUGCAAGGAAGGUGUAGCUAAAAUGGAUCAAAUUAUUUCGAAGUAUAGGGUGAGGAUAAGAAGCAAGAAAUGGUACUCAAUUUUGGUGAGCUACAUGAUUGAUGUAGCCAUGAACAAUGCAUGGCAACUACACAGAGCCUGUAACCCAGGUGCUUCUCUAGACCCCUUGGAUUUUCGGAGAUUUGUUGCACAUUUCUACUUGGAACACAAUGCUGAUCUGUCAGAUUAAGGCACAUAAAAUGGACAUAGUGCAGACAUUAAUAAGACAUAGAAAAAUAAUUGUACAUGCUGUUGUACCCUCCCAAAGUAAAUCUGAUAUAUGUAAUGAAGUUAUUAAAUAGUACUUUUAAAAAUCAGACAUUUAUAUAGAGUUUCAAGGACUAUUGUAACAAUGUUAAAAAUUAUCUGUGAAAAUGUUGAACUAAAGUACCUUUCUCUAUGUCAAAUUUUGUGUCAGACAUGGGAAAUCCUUUAUUUGUUCAAUUGA